CCUCUUCCCUCUCCUCUCCUCUCCCUCCGCACCGCCCGCUCAACGCACGCAGCCAUGUCGCGCAAGCGGCCCGACCUCAUCGAGCGUUCGCGCUAUCCCAAUCCCUUGCCUCUGCCCCCCUACCCUCCCAAGCUGCUCUCGAUCCCCACGCCCUCGUCGCGCUACGCACAUCCCUCCUUCACCUCGCGCCUCGCCUCGCACCAUGCGCUCCCGCUCGUCGUCGAUGCAGACGCAGGCAUGCCGCUGGCGCACAUGCUGCUCUCGCACGCGCCGAGCUGGGGCGGGCCGGAAGGGCACGAUGUGGCGCCCGCUGCCAGCCUCAACCUCGAGGAGCUCGACGAGGAGGACCGCUGGCUGCUCAGCGCAGACCUGCUCGACCCCGCAGCGGCAGCCGCGGCCGCAGCAGCGGCCGCGGCACAGGCGGCGGCCAUGGAGGGCACGCAGCAGAGCGCCAUGCCCGAGCCGGCGGCCAAUGCAGUCACGUGGCUGCGCCGCACCGAGUAUCUGGCGGCCAACGAGCUGCGCAAGGAGAGGCGCGAGAAUGGUCCCGCCUCGGAGCAAAUCGACGUCUCGCGUCCCGCGCAGCUGGCGCGCAUCGAGGCGACGUUCGAGGCGGCCAACCGGCCGCUGGCGGAGCUGCGGCACCCCACCAAGCCCGGCCUGCGCGCCGUCGAGGCGUUCGACGUGCUGCCCGACAACGAGACGUGGGCGACGGAGUUUGCUGUGUUCAGGUUCGCGGACCCGCCGGGCAGGGGCGCGGGACGGAACGACAAGCAAGUGCAAUCCGACGCGCGCCUCUCCAGCAUGCUGCUGCGGCUGUACGGGCACAACUGGUAUGCCUCCUACCUCCCCUCUCUCGACGCCGACGAGCUGCUCUCCGCCACUUCUCUCGACGCCGAAGGCUCUGCCUCCGCGCGUCUCUCAGCAGAGGAGAAAGAGGCGCGCCGCCAAGCGCGGGAAGAUGAGGCGGCGGCGCUGUUUGAGAAGCGCCGCGCGGCGGGCUAUGUGGAUGAGGUGGGCAUGAAGGAGAUGGAGGCUGCCGAGGAGGCAAUGCGGGCGUAUGCGCGCCGACAAGCGAGAAAGAAUGCGGCGGAGGAGGAGGCACCGUUGCCUGCUGAUCUGUCGAAAGAGCGCAGCACGUACUACCGCUAUGGGCGCGACUACGAAGGCGCAGACGUCGGACCAUCAGCCGACAUCUUGCUCGUGCUCACCUCUGGCGCCUCGAGUCGUGUCGAUCCGGCCUCUGUCUCCGCCUCGGGCGUGGAGCUGUCCAGCCCCAACGGCACGCUCCCAGCGCUCAGCUCCUACGACUCCAACUUCCUCGUACGCGGCGAGCCGAGCGCUGCUUCCGCGGAGACGCAGCAGAAGAAGGGCGUGGCGUAUUACCACCCCAUCGCGCGCCGCGGCGGGCUGCGCAUCAAGCGCAAGACGCAGCAUCUGGCGCCCGAACAGGCGGCCGAGUGGCGCUACUUUGAGGAGUGCCGUCUGGGACAUGGCGCGCCGUCGGCGUAUGAUCUUGUUGAUCGGCUGUACGUGCGGCAGGAGGUGGAUGAGCUCAAGGAGCUGCCCGAGUAUCCCGCGCAGCCCAGCCCCGAGCCGCAAGAGGACGACGAGGAAGAUGCGCCUGCCGACGAGGACGCCGACGCCGAUGCCGACGCAGACGCAGACGCCGAUGGAGAAGUGCAGGCAUCGUCGUCGCCCUCGAAACGUCAAGUCAACGGCGAGAAGCGCAAGAGUCCAGCCGCAGCUUCGUCCUCGCAAGCGUCAGACGAUGACGAGGCAGCUCCGACUGCGGCGGCAGGACGCCGGCGCGCCGCCGUGUCGCGCGACGACGAGUCGGAGGAGGACGCGCCGGCCGACGACGACGACGACGAGGAUGGCGAGGGCAAAGCCUCGGACGCGGCGGGCUCGGAGGACAUGUCGGACGACGACCAAGAUGCGGAGAGCCUGGAUGCCGACGAGGAACUGGCGGCGCUGGAGGAUGAAGCCAAGGAGGGCGGCGAUGAGGAGCCGCUGCAGGAGGGGACGGGACGAGGUGGCCGGAGGAGAACAGCGGCUGCGCAGGCGGCGCCGGCGACGCAGGAGGACGCCGAGAAGGAGCAGCAGCCUGCUCCGCCGGCGCAGACGCAGGACGAGGACGAGGAGAUGGAGGAUUGAAGCUCGAUGAAGUGGAGCGAGGGGAUGCAAUCACAAGUCUAUUGUCACGCGAAGAACAACGGACGACUUUGAGAGCGAGAGGCUCUGCCGGGGCUGGGCGAGGAAGAGGGCGCGCAAGCCG